AUGCAUCAUUUAGACAUUAAAUGGUAUGAAUACAAACAGUGCCCAUACAAAGCUAAACAAAUGGUAAAUUUAAAAACCCACAUAAACGCGCGACACCUAGAUGAAGCAAAUAUCACGUGGUACGAGUGUCAAAAGUGCCCGUACAAAGCUAGAGACAAGCGUAAUUUGAAAAGACAUGUGAGUUCCAGGCAUUUUGACAAACAAAGCUAUGAGUUCGAAAAGUGCCCAUUUAAAGCUAGUACAAGCGUUAAAUGGCACGAGUGCUUGAAGUGCCCAUACAAAGCUACAAGAUUGUCGCAUUUAAAAAGGCACGAGAUUGCUCGACAUUUGGACGAACGGGAUGUUAAAUGGUACGAAUGCAAAAAGUGCCCGUUUAAAGCUAAACUUGGUCAUUAUUUGAAACGGCACGGGAUUAGGCUGCAUUUGGAUGAAGAAGUUCGGUGGUACGAGUGUGAGGAGUGUCCGUAUAAAGCAAAAAAGAAGUGGAAUUUGAAAAUGCACAUGAAUUCGCGCCAUUUCAGUGAAAAGUUAAAUAAGUAA